GCGCUUGCGCCCAAGGGGCGUGGUAGUCGCACCUGCGCGAGUUGGGGGGGGAAGAAGGAGGAGCAAGGUGACGCAGGCGUAAUAAUAGAGAAGGUGCCAGAAAGAUCCAAAACAAGUGGCUGCGGCCGUCGCCCAGGAGUAAUCGGACCCCGGAAUCCGGGCCUGGUUCUGAGCUUGUUCCGCAUCCCUCCCCCGGGAAUGGCGCUGUCUGGGUCGACCCCGGCCCCGAGCUGGGAGGAGGAUGAGUGCUUGGACUACUAUGGUAUGCUGUCGCUUCACCGUAUGUUCGAGGUGGUGGGCGGGCAGCUGACCGAGUGCGAGCUGGAGCUUCUGGCCUUCCUGCUGGACGAGGCCCCCGGCGCAGCUGGCGGCCUGGCCCGCGCCCGCAGUGGCCUGGAACUGUUACUGGAGCUGGAGCGCCGUGGGCAGUGCGACGAGAGCAACCUUCGGCUGCUGGGUCAACUCCUGCGGGUGCUGGCCCGACACGACCUGCUGCCUCACCUGGCUCGCAAAAGGCGCCGGCCUGUGUCCCCUGAACGCUACAAUUUUGGCACCUCCAGUUCUUCUUCAAAAAGGACAGAGGGCAGCUGCCGGCGCCAUCAUCAGUCCAGCUCUUCAUCCAGCACUUCAGAUUCUCAGCAGGGCCAGUGGAAUACAGACUCCCCACCAACCAAGCGACAACGGCGGAGUCGAGGCCGCCCUAGUGGUGGUGCCAGAAGGCGGCGGAGAGGGGGCCCACCUGCCCCUCAACAGCAGCAGGAGCCUACGAGGCCCACAUCAGAAGGCAAAGUGACCUGUGACAUCCGCCUUCGGGUUCGAGCAGAGUACUGUGAGCACGGGCCAGCCUUAGAGCAAGGCGUGGCAUCCCGGCGACCCCAGGCAUUGGCUCGGCAGCUGGACGUGUUUGGUCAGGCCACUGCAGUGCUGCGCUCCAGGGACCUGGGCUCUGUGGUUUGUGAUAUCAAGUUCUCAGAGCUCUCCUACCUGGAUGCCUUCUGGGGUGACUACCUGAGUGGCGCCCUGCUGCAGGCCCUGCGGGGCGUGUUCCUGACUGAGGCCCUCCGCGAGGCUGUGGGCCGGGAGGCUGUCCGCUUGCUGGUCAGUGUGGAUGAGGCCGACUACGAGGCCGGCCGCCGCCGCCUACUGCUGAUGGAAGAAGAUGGGGGGCGUCGCCCAUCAGAGGCCUCUUGAUCGAGGAUCUGGCAGCACAGACUCCACUUCAAGGUCUCCGGUCCACCUUCUCCCUCGGAGGACGACCAUCUCUGCCCCUAGAGGACUGUCGUUCUGGCAGCCCUGAGACUGCUCCCCACGGCAGGUCCCCUGACAGCCUCUUCUACAGGAUGUGGGCUCUGAGGCCUAAACCACUUCCAGCCAGGUUUCCUUCCCAAACGCCCUCCACCCCGCAGGUGUGUUCUCUUACCCUCAGGAGGCCAGAGACUCAGGCUUGCAGAUGCAAAAGGUGGAGGUGCAACCACACUCACCAAAGCCCCCGUCCGUCAAGUCUGCCCCCGGGUCUCUGUGCACGUGGGUGCUAGUGCAUACAGGUACCCACUCAUGCACUGCCCCCUCCAGCCCUUGCCCUGGCCUGCUCCACACACUUUGGCCUAAGGGCUUCUGUCUCAGGAUCUCAUUUUACCGCCCUUACCUGGGCUUCAGCCACAUUCGUGGGCCCUGGAGUUGGGGUGCACAUAGGGCCUGCUCACCUUGCCCACACAUCUCACGCCAGCCAGGGCUCUGCCCAGUGUCCCCACACAGACCCAGCUGUCUUGGCCACACCUCUUCUCCUCAGGACCUGGCACAGACGUGCACUUACUUGGACCCUUACCCAGAGUAUCACACGUUGUGGCAGAAUUAGACCAAGGUCUGCUGUUGGCUAUGGGGCCAGGGCCAGGACUGGCUGCCUUGGAAAGGAAAAGUAAAGAUCUGGGCUGAUGGGAAGACAUUUUGCAAAUGAACCAAUAAAACUGCCCUAGAAGGGGCACAGGUGGGCAUCAAGA